UUGGAUGGUGCCGUCUCUAUGGUUCUGCGGCCGGCCCGGCGUGCAUUGCGCUUCCGGUCCCGCGGCUCCUUCCGGUGGCGGCCCGGCGUAGAGGACGGUCGGCAGGAUGUUGGCUUCAAGGGCGUUCAGCCUCAUCGGGAGAAGGGCCCUUUCCACCUCCAUCUGCCUGAGGGCCCACGGGCACGCUGGUGUUGUCAAAGCCGAGGAUUUCAGCCUCCCAGCGUACGUCGAUCGCCGCGAUGUUCCCCUGCCUGAGGCGGCCUUUGUCAAGCAGCUCUCUGCUCAGCAGAAGGCGCUGAAGGAGAAGGAAAAGGCGUCCUGGACCGCUCUGUCUGUCGAUGAGAAAGUCGAACUGUACCGCAUCAAAUUCAACGAGACCUAUGCAGAAAUGAACAAAGGAACAAACGAAUGGAAGACCGUCCUCGGGGGAGUGCUGUUCUUUCUUGGCCUAACUGGUGUCAUCCUCAUCUGGCAGAAAAUUUACAUGUACGGCCCUAUUCCGCACACCUUCUCUGACGAGUGGGUGUCCAUGCAGACGAAGAGAAUGUUGGACAUGCGAAUUAACCCCGUGGAGGGCAUUUCCUCCCAGUGGGAUUUCGAGAAGAACGAGUGGAAGAAGUGAGGCGACUUCAGUGGAACCUGCUCUGCUUGAACAUGAAAUGAUUCCAUCACCUGCGUGUGACCUCGUUGCUCAUGUACUGGAACAACCUCUCCACCUAAAUAGAUGAUAAUAAACCUCUGGUUAACUUGAA